UCCGGUAGUGGACUCGUCCGUCGUUAGGCCUUUGCAGUAGGGAGUUGUUUGGCGGACCCCGCAAGUUUUCCUGUACUUUCCAUGUUAUUUUUGUUUGUCUAAAUAGAGGGUAAAUUCUUAAUUUUUAGCACAACUUGCCGCGUUGUUUACUCGGCGUGUCGACGGACUAUAAAAAUCAAAGUGUUUUGGGCGUGGUACACAACUACACAGCUGAAGAGGGAAGGAAGGAAGGAAGGUAUCGGUGAGUCGGACUGACCGCGACUGAGCUUAUGAUGCCGACGUUGCGGGACAGCACCAUGUCCCACCCCGGCGAGAAUUCCCACCAAGUCCGGGUGAAGGCCUAUUAUAAAGGGGACAUCAUGAUUACCCAUUUUGAGCCAUCCAUCUCAUUUGAGGGUCUGUACGGGGAGGUGAGGGACAUGUGCUCCAUGGACAACGACCAGCUCUUCACCAUGAAGUGGAUCGAUGAGGAAGGUGACCCCUGUACAGUGUCGUCUCAGCUGGAGCUGGAGGAAGCGCUGCGUCUCUAUGAACUCAACAAAGACUCUGAGCUCAUUAUUCACGUGUUCCCAUGUGUACCAGAGAAACCUGGCAUGCCCUGCCCAGGAGAAGACAAGUCUAUAUAUCGGCGUGGAGCCCGGCGCUGGAGGAAGCUUUACUAUGCCAGUGGUCACGCGUUCCAGGCCAAGCGCUUUAACAGGCGUGCCCAUUGUGCCAUCUGUACAGACCGAAUCUGGGGUCUGGGAAGACAGGGCUACAAAUGCAUCAACUGCAAACUGCUGGUGCACAAGAAAUGCCACAAACUGGUGACGGUGGAGUGCGGCAGGCCGAUGAUCCAGGAACCAAUCAUGCCAGGCCCGCCAUCGAGUCAAUUAGACCAAACUGAACAGCCAGGCCCUCAGAAUAAAGACUCCAGAGAAAGCUUGAAUUACGACGGAGAAGAGAAAGAGGCGCGGAGCAGUAGAGACACGGGUAAAUCACCUUCCAGCCUGGGCCUGGCAGACUUCGAUCUCCUGAGGGUGAUUGGCAGAGGCAGCUACGCUAAGGUGCUGCUGGUGCAGCUGAAGAAGACCGAGCGCAUCUACGCCAUGAAGGUGGUCAAGAAGGAGCUGGUCAAUGACGACGAGGACAUCGACUGGGUCCAAACAGAAAAGCACGUCUUUGAGCAGGCCUCUAAUCAUCCCUUCUUGGUGGGCCUCCACUCCUGUUUCCAGACAGAAAGCAGACUCUUCUUUGUUAUUGAAUAUGUGAACGGUGGAGAUCUGAUGUUCCACAUGCAGAGACAAAGGAAACUCCCAGAAGAACACGCCAGAUUCUACUCAGCAGAGAUCAGUCUUGCGCUCAACUACCUCCAUGAGCGGGGGAUCAUCUACAGAGACCUGAAACUGGACAACGUGCUGCUGGACUCGGAGGGACACAUCAAACUUACAGACUACGGCAUGUGCAAGGAGGGCUUGAGACCGGGCGAUACGACGAGCACUUUCUGCGGUACCCCCAAUUACAUCGCCCCUGAAAUACUCAGAGGAGAGGAUUACGGGUUCAGCGUUGACUGGUGGGCGCUGGGUGUGCUAAUGUUCGAGAUGAUGGCGGGCCGGUCGCCCUUCGACAUUGUCGGGAGCUCCGACAACCCGGACCAGAACACAGAAGACUACCUCUUCCAAGUAAUAUUGGAAAAACAGAUCAGAAUCCCCCGCUCGUUGUCAGUCAAAGCCGCCAGCGUCCUCAAGGGAUUCCUCAACAAGGAUCCCAAAGAGCGCCUGGGCUGCCACCCACAGACGGGCUUCGCCGACAUUAUGGGCCAUCCGUUUUUCCGUAACGUCGACUGGGACCUUCUGGAGCAGAAGCAGGUGGUCCCUCCAUUCAAGCCCAACAUCUCAGGGGAAUUCGGACUGGACAACUUCGACGCCCAGUUCACUAACGAGCCGAUCCAGCUCACGCCUGAUGACGAUGACGUGGUCAAGAAGAUCGACCAGUCUGAGUUCGAAGGCUUCGAGUACAUCAACCCGCUCCUGAUGUCGGCGGAGGAGUGCGUGUGAGGGACUUGGCGUCUGCACUCAUACACACCAUGCACACACACACACACACACACACACAAACACACACACACACACACACACACACACACAAACACACACACACUCACACACACUCAUGCACGUGUUCUGUGGUGUCUCAGUGUCUUCAAGCUGCAUGGUUACGAGACAACCCGACGACAUCAACCUUCUUUUUCGAGGGGCCGCACAUGCACAGUAGAACGCUUAUUUGCCAAAACCAGUCUCACACUCUGCCAUUUAUAACCACUUGCCCUUAAGCCUACCUUCUUUCUUAAUUAUUUUUAUAUCAUGUAAAUCUGCACUGAUAGCAAGUUUUCUCAUCGGGGCCUCUUUAUCGGUAGCCAACGAGGCUACAAAGUUCUUCCAAGAUUGCUGUAUGUACACGGUGGGGCUGGAGGGAUGAGGCACGGCCCCUGACACAUGAACUGAGCAUCCUCUCCUUCCAGCUGGCGUGGUGUUUUCAAUGCAUAUUUUAUUUGUGUACAUAAAUAUAUAUGAAAUUACUAUUGAGGAUAAACGGUAGACAAGGCCUUUUUCUUUUUUUUAGCUUCAAGCCACAGUCGGACAAAACUGACAACUUAAUUGUCAUAGAGUCAAUUUGGAUUUAGCUUUCUCCCAACACCCCUUCUCUUCUGUAGAGGAAACAAAAUCAUAACACUAGCAUUUAAAAAAAAAAAGAAAAAGAUAAAAAAUAUAUAUUUUUCUCACGUUUUAUUUAACAACAUAACAGUCACUAUAUAUGUUGUUCUGAGUGUUAACAGAACCAAAAAAAAAAAAAGGUUCAGGCUUUGUUGUUCAGAUGAACAUCAGGAGAACAGAAUGAAGGAACAUAAACAGCAGUAUCUGACUAACACUAAUAGUGAGUUAAUACUCUCAAAAACUGUGAACGAAAGAGCUCGCUAUGCUGGGAAAUGGGCUGGAAGUAGCAAGUGAUAGCUGAACGCUGGAGCACAGGUUUUAUAAUUUAGCUGUGCAGACCAUCCCUGAAAUAUAAACAUUCACGCAGGACCAAACAAACAUUUUUCUGAAAAAUGUCUUGCUGGUACGUAUUAGAAGGUACAGUAUAUAUAUGAAAGAUGUGCUGUCCUAAGUCAUAGAAUUUAUAUAUUCAGAAUUUUUUUUGCUCAUUUUUAAUAAUAUGCCUUUCUGAACGUUACAGUCUCUUAUCUGUUUUGUACUUUUCUCCAUUCCAUGUAUGUCUUUUUGUUGUAAAUCAAAAUACUAAGCGAUGGUUGAAACAAGCCACGAUACAGUUAAGUUGCAGUCCUAAAAAAAAAAUGUGGCUUGGAAGCUGUAACCUUUGUCUGCUGUGCUCCAUUUCUACCACAUCUAACCCCACAGUUCAUUAGAUAUUUUGUAAAACCGCUUCAAAGCAUAUAAAAGGCUCUGAGGAGCCACGUUCUCUCCCCGACGUUAACGACACUAAGUGAUGGUGCAUGAACCUCCGGACUCUCCUCCACUUGAAGCUUGUCUCUACUUGGAAAAUAUUUUUGGGCUCACGUGGUGACAGGAGGAACUCAUUUAUCUGUUACACAUUACUUCUGCUUUCUUGUUACAUUUUUUUUUUUGCGAUUCAGAUUCAACUUUGAUUUUUUUAUCACUACAUUGAUUCCAACAUGUUACUGGGUGAACCCAAUGGAAACACUAUUUGUUGUACUUGUUGUGUUUUGGGCGGUGUUUACCUCCCACUGGACUCUGCCGAACUUUAUUAUUAGUGUGCAAAGAAAAAAAACACAGACGGUAAAAUAAACAUUUUAUUUCUCUC